AUGAAUAAAGAUGUUUUUGGCAAAUUAUACGGGACAUUUGUGCGACCGCACCUGGAAUAUGCGGUUCAGGCUUGGCGGCCGUGGCUUCGGAAGGACAUAGAUAUCCUUGAAGGUGUACAACGGCGUGCUACAACGGCUGUUCAUGGCCUCAAAAACUUCACGUACGAGCAGCGCCUGACGGACUUGAACCUCUAUCCCCUCCACAACAGGCAGGACAGAGGUGACCUCAUAGCAACGUUCCAGUUGGUAAAAGUACUUAAUAUGGCUGUCAACUGAGAAACGUUUUUUGAAAUGGCACCCAAGUCGAAUCUCAGACGACAUGAUUACCAGCUUAAAAGGGAACUGUGCCAAACAAAUCAACGCUCCUCCUUUUUCACACAGAGGGUUUUCGCCAAUGGAACUCUUUGCCGGAGUUUGUUGUUAAUUCCCCUACCGUGAACGUGUUCAAGAGACAACUGGAUGCUAACCUGCUGAAAGGCAACCCGAACUGCCGAAGCCUGCUCUAAUGGAUUACUGAAAUGACUAUAAAUAUACUACUGACAAGAUUUCAACAGAUCCUAUUUUGUGCGUCAAACUUAGCCCACAUUGAAAUUUUCACAGCCCGAAUGAGUUGAACAAAGUUUUUCGCAAUUAUUUCCCGAAUAUAAUACCCCUUUGGCCUUUAUGUUACAUUAUUAGAUUUAUGAAUUCACCUUACUUAACUACAAGCAAAAUCUUUGCAAUUUAAUUAUUUUCCCUUAUAUCAGUACCCUCUAAAUGGAGUUUUCAGGGCUUUUGUCGUUUACUCCAAAUAUACUGACUGAUACUGACCGAAUCUUUCCAGUGGCCGGGGGGAGCUCAUUGAAUAUCCUGCAUCCUUGAAUGACUGCAGACUUCUUUGAAUUAUCUUGCACGGUAAUCCGUAUUUCAGACCGACUUAAGUAAUCCUUCGUAGUUUAAAAUUGUAUUUCAUGUGAUCUGUUACUGACUAUAUUGGCUAUACCAAAGUCGGUAAGGGUAGGGUAUGUACCCCUGGGUGGUUGAUGAGGUUCAUAACGGUUUACCCGACAGCUGGUCGCGAAUAGGCUUAUGCUGGAAGCAUUUGUUGGCCUCAAAUGUGUUAUCAACACUAACGUUUCUCAUUUGGGACUCUCAUUUACGGCUUGGACAACUGUACAUAUUCGCGUCAGCUGAUUAUUCUGCUGUUGUCAGGCUCGGUCUCCGGUUUGGAUUUGAAAUCAAGGCUAGGGAUGGGGCUGCAGGGCUUGGCUUAAGGUUACGGUUAUUUGCAGUUUUUUCUUAAAUGCUCAAGGGUUAGAAAUAUCCCACCAAAGGCAUGUCCGUGGUUGGUGUUAGGUUUGUAGCUAACUGCGGUUUACCAACGGGUUAUAUAUCACGCUCUUGUCAUAAAGCCCUUCCAGCUCCGUCGCCUGCUCACGCACAAUCGAAAAUAUCGAGUUUAUCUUAAAUAAAUGGUUGGUGAAAACAGUUAGAUCUGUCGAAAUCACUUUAAUACAUAUAAGUCAUCUAACGAGUCCCAUACUGAUUGUUUACAAAGCUCUGUGUGGGGACGAAGCCUACUUCAUUAGAAUUGUAGACUUCAUAUCCUGCGCGAGUAAUGCGAGAAAGUUUGCAAAAACUGUUAAAAUUUUCAAGAUUGCAAACAAAAGUAAAGUUAAAAGCUACGCACUCCUCGUCACAUUUUAUGAAGUCCGUUCAGAAGUGUGGGCGCUUGAUGAGGUGACUCUCCAUCAAAUGAGAUACUUUCACGAUCAUGCAUUAAUUGGAGUUAAAUCAGCACAACGUGUAUUUGCUGUGAUUAGCCACCGUUAUUUAGUCUCUCUGGUCUGAUCAGGAAAACUUUAGUUUCUUUAAGCGCGUUCGAAACCUUCUUUCAACUGACGUGUUUUAUUGUUGUAACUCCCGAUUGUAAAUUGUAAAAUUGUAAAAAAUCGCAAAAAUAUGUAAAAAUUUGCAGCCUUCUUAUGCUGCGCGGAUAAUGCGAGAAAGUCUGCAAAAAAUGUUAACUAAUCAAGGCCCUCGUUCACAACUUCUCAAGUCAUUGAUUUGGAAAGCUGACUGUGCUUAUGUUCUCCGGUUAGGGGUUGCGGUAAUAUGUGGCAAGCCUAGACGGGUUGCUUAGUUUUGUUAGCAACUGCAUUUGAGCCCAACUUGGCAGUGUCUUGCCCUUGGUUCCAGGCACGGGAGGGAGUGGAGGGGUUGUAUCGGGUGGCCCGCAAGUCUGACCUAAUGUAGGCUGGUUCACCAGACACUAAACGUCGUGCUUCCACUGCAUGGGGUACGUGGAGGGCAUAGUCAUUCGCAACGUCCAUGAGGCAGAAGAUCCAGAAAAGCAAGGAAAUUUAUGACAACUACUGACGUCAAGCAAUAACGAUUUAUUGUUUUAGAAGAAGAAGAAGAAGAAGAUGAUGAUGAUGAUGAUGAUGAUGAUGAUGAUGAUGAUGAUGAUGAUGAUGAUGAUGAUGAUGAUGAUGAUGAUGAUGAUGAUGAUGAUGAUGAUGAUGAUGAUGAUGAUGAUGAUGAUGAUGAUGAUGAUGAUGAUGCGAUCACUAGAGCAAGAUGUUUAUUGACCUGA